CGCCGCGCACCGAUCAGUCACUUCCUGUUUGCAGGUAGGCAUCGGCCAUGGAGGACGAAGCUCCUCCGCUGGAGGAGCGGCGGCGGCUGCAGGAGGAGCUGAGCGAGUUCGUGGAGAGCUGUUACCAGACGCUGGGGGAGGUGACGGCGUCCCUGGGCUGGAGCCUGGAUCAGCUGGAUCCCGGGGAGGAGGAGGCGGCGGAGGGUGAAGUUGUGAUAUGUCCUUAUGAUUCCAAUCAUCACAUGCCUAAAUCAUCUUUAUCAAAGCACAUGGAAUCCUGUAGAUUGAGAAAAAUGGGCUAUACUAAAGAAGAAGAGGAUGAAAUAUAUAAUCCUGAUUUUUUCUACGAGAAUGCGAAGGUACCUUCAAUUACUUUGGAUAAGGACUUACAAUUCCAGAUCAUUAAUCAAGCUAGAACCAAAGCUGGAAAAGAUGGUGAUUGCUACAAUCAAAGAGUGUAUUCUUCAUUGCCUGUUGAAGUUCCUCUGAAUCACAAACGCUUUGUUUGUGAUCUGACCCAAGCAGAUCGUCUUGCCCUUUAUGAUUUUGUUGUUGAGGAGACAAAGAAAAAGCGCUCUGAUUCACAAAUCAUUGAAAACGACAGUGAUCUCUUUGUAGACUUGGCUGCCAAAGUCAAUCAAGAUAAUAGUCGGAAAAGUCCAAAGUCUUAUCUUGAAAUCCUGGCAGAAGUUAGAGAUUAUAAAAGAAGACGUCAGUCCUAUAGAGCUAAGAACGUUCAUAUAACCAAGAAAUCUUAUACUGAGGUGAUUCGGGAUGUAAUAAAUGUGCACAUGGAAGAACUCAGUAACCACUGGCAAGAAGAGCAGGACAAAGCAGAGGGGGGCGCUGAGAAGAAUGAAGACAGGCGCUCGGCUUCGGUAGAUUCCCGGCAGUCUGGUGGGAGCUAUCUGGACGCGGAGAGUUCACGCCAUAGGAGGGAUAGGAGCAGGAGCCCACAUAAGCGGAAAAGAAAUAAAGAUAAGGAUAAAACCUCUGAGUCGAGAAGGAGGAAAGAGAGGGAUGGGGAAAGACAUCAUAGUCAUAAAAGAAGAAAGCAAAAAAUAUAAAGGAAUGUUUGUAUGUAUAAUUAAUUAUGCUUGCAUCAUUAUAACCAGUAUUCUGGUAUUUUAAUUGUAAUUUGCACAGAAGAGUGUGUUGGUAUGAUGUAUUUAGUGCUCAUUAUUUUUCAAUAAAUACCUACACUUCAAAUCAUGAGUUUGCUUUAUGCUAUGCAACUUUGUUUUCCUUGUAUUUUAAUAGAUAUUCUGUUUCUUAGUAUUGAUUCCCCAUGGUAAUUUAUCAUAAUAUUCUUUUAAAAAAGUUGAUACUUAAUAUAUAUAAAUUGUACAUGGGUAUAGUCUCAUUAAACCCGAUAAACUAAACCUGAUAGAUAAGGCUGAAGUCUGCUUGGAGCACCAUCUGCCUUCCCUGACCCACCCCAGGGUAAUUGCUCAUUGUUGCUGCCCUGGUGAGUUGUAAUGGGGGAAGGGCUUCGGAACUGUGUGAAGGGGAGUGGCCUGGCUGGCUACCACGGUGUGACCAUAGCGUAGGUGACUGCUGGAGUGAAAAGAAAUAGCCUCAGUCUGAGUAACACGGGUAGAUCUCAGAAACAUAAUACUGAGUGGUAAUAACAAGUUAUGUAAGGAUGUUAGAUCUGUGUACAAAACAAUACUAUAUAUUUUCUAUGGCUGUAUAUGUGUGUACAUUUAUUUUUAAAAGUUCAGAAUAAUCCAUACCAAACUCCUAGCGGUGCUUAUUGUGGAGGAGAAAUAUAUAUGAGAUUAGGGUGGAAACCAGAUUUGGAAGGUAGUUAAAAUAAACUUUAACUUUAUUCAUAAUAUGUUAAUUUUUUCAAAAUAAAAGAAUAUUCAUGUUUCA